AAGAAAAAUUGGGAUGCAAAACGACGUCGUUGGGAUCGAGAAAGAAGCCUACCGAAGCUCGAGAGACCGAUUAGAGCAAAAGAACGAAGCUAAAAUAAAACCAAAUAAGGUUUUUGAGAUUCCAUCUUCUACGCCGGCGAUCCGCCAUUUCAGAGUUGGGAUAGCUCGGAACUCAGACAAUGAAAUUAGCUCCAAAAGUAAUAUUUCUCCUCAGAGAUUCUGAGGGUUUUGCCUCAGCCCUUUCCGGAGCUCUUCGCCUCAACCCUCCUUCCACGGUCACCACGCUGGAUGAAAUUUUCGAGUUCUCCCUCGAGGAUUAUGCAAUCAAGGACCAGAAGGCCUCCGGUAACAUCGUUCAUUAUCUUGAUGAUAAGGGAAUUUAUCAGGUUUCAGUAUUAAUCUUACAAAAUUACGAACCUCCAGUCUUGGCGUGUGCUUUAGAUGUAGUUCUUUCACACAUAGCAGGAGAACGUUCACCCUCUUCUUCUAAAGCGAAACCCACUCUUGUAGUCCCAUCUAUCAUUACAUCCUCAAAGCUCAAGUGGGAGAGCAAAACUCUCACCAAAAAUGAUCGGACUGUUCUUCUGUAUGGUACCCAAGUAGGUCCAGAAACAGAUAUUUCUCAAACGAUGGGUGCCAAAGUCAAGAAACUACCAUCAGCUUCACAGAUCUACUACGAGCAACUAGCCUGUUUAUAUCACUUGAUUCACAUCUUGAAGAUUCCUGCUUUUUUCGUUGUUGGACUAACAGGUCGUAGUCUUUCCAAUCAAGCUGCAGGUGAAGAGAUUCAGAUACUGAAUGAAAUGGGUGAACUUUUAGCAAACUCCUUGCCACUCAGCUUCUCAAGAGAAGGAAUUGUUUGGAAUCCAAAAGAAACAUCAAAAGAUGUAAAGGAACCAUGGCGUGCGUUAUAUGGAUGAUGGUUUGGUCUUUUUUGCUACCUUUUAUUUUAGUUCAUCUGGCAAACUAGGGUUAUUUUUGUAAUCCCAUAUGUCAAAAAUACAAUUAUUAAAAUUUUAAAUUUUGUUAAGAAGAAUCUUAGUUUAGAUUUCUUCUUGUUUAUAAUCAUCAGAAGAAACAAAAUAUGCUUGCUUAAAA